CCAAAAUCAAACCCCUUGAUCUCAUUUCAAUCUCAAUUUGUGUUCACAGCGAAACUCAGAUUGACAUUUUGAGAUUGAGAGAGAGAGAGAGAGAGAGAGAGAGAGAGAGAGAGAUUGAGGGUUUUGUGAACUCUCCCCAUCUCUCUCCCAUGCUGAUUUUGCCGCGCAAUCACUGAGUUUGCAUUCUAGAAAUGCAUGCUCUUGGCUGUUGUUAUUGACGUAGGGUAUCUUCAGUGCUCUUGGUCAAUUAUUCUAGUACGCACUUGAAGCUAGUGGUAAUGUGUUAGUGAACACACCUGUUGUGGUCAAAAUGUGGAAUUUUGCGUCCAGUUGCAUAGCUGGAAAUGUUGGAUUAAAAAAUGACUCUUUAAGGCCAACACAAGGUACUUCUGAAUGCUGUUCCGAUGAUGAGGGUUCUUCUGGUGUUGGAAGAGAGGAAGGACUAGAGUGCCCAAUAUGCUGGGAAUCAUUCAAUAUUGUUGAAAAUGUGCCCUACGUUUUGUGGUGCGGCCAUACCCUUUGUAAAAAUUGCAUUUUGGGUCUGCAAUGGGCUGUUGUCAAGUUCCCCACUCUACCAAUUCAGCUUCCGCUUUUUAUCUCCUGCCCAUGGUGCAAUCUGUUAUCCUUUCGUCUGGUUUACAGGGGAAACCUGAAAUUUCCUCGCAAAAACUACUUUCUUCUAUGGAUGGUUGAAAGCAUGAAUGGUGAUAGAGUGAAGUCUCAUUCUGCCUGCUCCGGUGAUAAUCAACCAGCCUGGCCGGUGAAUGGAACUGUAUCCACAGGAAGUCAACUGAACCACAGGAGGGGACAACAUAUUCGUCAUCCUGAGCCACCAGGGUUAAAUCAUAAUCAUGGCAUCAUCAAUAAUUACCUUAGUAUGGAGCGCUUGUGUUCCUCCCUUCGAAAGUCACUGUUUUUCUUCCUUCAUUUGACGGCAAAGUUCCCUCUGGUUGUCAUAUUUCUUCUGAUCAUCUUAUAUGCAAUACCGGCCAGUGCAGCCAUAUUGGCCUUGUACAUACUUAUCACAGUGCUGUUUGCUCUCCCGUCAUUUCUUAUCUUGUAUUUUGCAUAUCCCAGUUUGGAUUGGCUUGUGAGAGAAAUCAUCACCUGAGGUACUAUGGACUGCUUGUAUUCAAGCACCAUGAAUAUAAGUUUGCUUCUAAAUGAAGGUGCCUCUUCUCCGUGUGUUUACUUUGCAAUUCGACGACUUUACCUACUCCCAAGAUGCUCCUUUACCGCUGCUCUUCAUCUUGCUGGAAUCAUUCAGUUCUUUUUAGACGUUGGCUCAAGGCGUGUUAGCUUCGCAAGUUUUGCUCAAGUUGUAGAUGCAGCAGUACCAUAAUCUGCCAGCAGAUAGGUAAAUCAGCCCGGACAAGGUUCUUGUAUGUAUGGAGAGUUUGCGUCAGUUUAAUAUAAUUUAUAGUUCUAUGCCUGCAGCCCUGCAGUUCAACCUGGCUCUAUUGCUGGUAGUCUGAUACUGAACAUGAGAUACAUAUAUCAACCAAUUAUGCUUGUUUAUCUCUCCAUAAA